AUGGCUUCGGUUGUAGCCAGCGGCGACGCUGCCUCAGAUACGCCAUCGUCGAAGAAAUUCCCUACAACGCCCACUCCAAUCGAGCCAGAAGAGCCAGUCGCAUCCAGCAGCGAUGACGACUCCGAGGAUGGCGAUCCAUCUACGCACCCCUCCAACCGCGCCAAAGCCAAAGCCCUCUCCAUCCCCGAAAUCCUCGAACAAAUCCUCCUCAACCUCCGCAUCUGCGACCUGAUUUUCCCGAUCCCACUCGUGUGCAGACAGUGGCGCGACACGAUCGAAGGAUCCUCAAAACUGCAGCAAGCCCUCUUCCUCUCCCCCCUCCCCGGCGGGCCCCUCUACCUCUCCAGCCACCCCUCCCUCCGCCCAAAAUGGAUCGCGCACGAAAACGACAGGCACACGCACAUCAUCUCCGUCAACCCGUUCUACACGCGGUUCUUGGGGUACUGCGCCGGGCGGGUCCGCAGGGAGGAUUUGAGGAAGUUUGCGCGCCCGGAGGCGUCGUGGAGGGGGAUGUUGGUUUGUCAGCCGCCGGUUGCGGAGCGCGUUUUUGAAAGGGGUAGUGUGGUUCGGGCGGGGGAUGCGGUGCUGAGAUGUGGGGAUGGGGGUUUGAGGUUGGAUAGUCGGGAGUUGUUGAGGGAGAGGGAGAGAGGGGAGUUUUGGUUGAAGGCUUUUCGGUCGGAUGUGGGCCGGCACUUCACUUCACGCUCAGUGAAUAUCUUCAAGGAUGGAUUUGGGUUGGCUGGGGUGGGGGGCAACAGCCAGUGGAAGAAGGUCGAGCGUGCUUUCGAAGUUUUGAGGAGCGCAUGGAAGCAUAUCGCUGCUGCAAAGAAGGAAUUCAUGUCAUAUGCCAUUAGAUGUUGCGGCAGUGAAGGGAUUCAGUCCCUCACACGCCCUUACAAACACCUGCCGCAAUGCAUGAAAGCAAUCCGUCAUAUACCUCCUCCCUUACUCACCUAUCCCAUCACUCAACACCUCACAUGCCAGCAAAAUCACCCUAGAAAACCACAAUCCAUCCCCAUUCCACCGCUCACGACCAAGCAGCGGAAAAAAGCACCAGCAGAGCAUUCAACACCAUCAAACCGGGGACAAAAGCGCGAACAGAGAAGGAGUGAGGUCCAAAUCGAGGCUCCACAUCAAACGGCUAAACUUUCACCAACCAGCCAACCAUCCGCUUGCCGCUUGGCCAAAGCACGCGGAAAGCUGCCACAUCACCUCACCUUGUCCCACACAAACGAUCGCGAAGAAGUACAACGAUACAACGAUACUUGGAAACGCAGGUACAGUUCGCAUACAUGUAUCACCGUCCCUCUCUCGUACACCCGUCCCUCUCUCCUUUACUGGUGUCCCCUCUCCACACCAGGACAAACAGUCUAUCUUAUCAAGAACCUACAUCGGCAAACGGCAAGCCCGCAUGAAGCUUGCCAGCCUCCAGCUCCUUCAACAUCGCCUAUCACGCAAACACCUCACUUACCCCACGAGUUCGGCAUCUACUAG